ACCAUUAAACGAGUAUUAACAAAAUUAAAAUAGAAACAUAAUAAUAUUUAGUUACAAAAGAUGAACAGAAUGAAAUGCCAGAAGAUAUAACUCAAAAUGAAGUUCUUAAUGAAGGUGUUAAUGAUAAAAUCAGAACGAUUUUACGUUUAUUUAAAAACAAACUACCCUGUAAAAGUAAGCACGUGCCUAAAGAACUUUUGGAUAUUUCGGAUAUUAACGAUAGAAAGACAGAAAUGAUGGUGCGAUAUUGCAAGAUAAAGUGCUCACAAAAUACAAUAUUUGAAGUGCGAGAUAAACAAGGAAAUGUUAUCGAAAGUGCAAAUAAUAGUGCUGGUAUUUAUUCUAUGAUCCAAGGAAUACCUGUUCCAUCACCACCAGUUAUACGCACAACUAUUUAUCAAAAAUAUGAUAAGAAAGCAAUACUUAUAUGCCCAGGAAGCUUAAAUACAAAUAUACCAAUUACUUGGAAUGUUAAUAACAAAUUCUUGAAUCCAACGGUUAUUCAAGAUCAAUCUCAAGGAAGAAUUUAUAUUAAUCCACAAAUGCAUAUAAUCUUCAAAUCAUUAAAAUUCGAAGAUACAAACGUCUAUAGUUGUUGGCAGAAAGAUAAAAUUAUUGGCGUAAUAAAAUUAAAUGUGACUGGAGAAAUAGAGUUACAAACGAAUUAUAGUGUAAUUAUGGUUGGUGGAAUUUUAAUAAUUAUUGUAUUUAUGAUGGUAUUCUGGAGAGCAUUCCAAGGUCGUAAACGCUUUACAGUACAUUAAUUACACCAUAUAUUGUACUUUUUAAAUAAAACACUAUAUCAAUAAA